AAAAAGAGCCUUGGUGAGGUCAAAAUUUACCUGGCUGAUUGAAACUCGCUUUGUCUUAACCAUGCUGUAGAAAAAUAAACAUGAUGCCAAACAGAGGUAACCUCUCUUCCUUCCAGAGCAUUGCAUCAGAUUCCAGUAAGAUUAUGGCAGAGUACAGCCACAUACAAAACCAGCUGGAAUUACAAAAUACUAGUUUAGGGAAAAGCUCUGUGAUGAAUUCCUUUGAAAAUGAUCUCCAGGAUAUUAUGGAUAGCCUCAACCAGAAGAAAUAUUCAUCAAGCCUUAAAUUUAAAACAAAUGGGGACUCCUCUGGUUCCUAUUUAACCCUAUCACAACCUGUGCCAGCUAAACCUAGCUCUUCAUCUAGUGUUAAAAAUAUGCAUUCCGCUACCAAAAUUCAAGGAUGUAAACCCUUUUCUUGUGAGAGCCCUUAUCUUUCAGAUAAAAAUGUCUCUGUAAAGCAUAUGGGUUUCACUUCUCCAUCCUCUAGUGGGUACAGCCUGGGGAGGACAGACUUCAAUAUUCAUGCCAACAGAGAAAAUGAAAAACUCUUUGGACAUGUGGAUAAGUUUCACUAUUCAAAAUAUAGUCAAAAAAAUAAAUCGUAUGACAAUGUCUUCUUCCCAGCAAUGCUGGAUGGGAAGAAGAACUCAGGCUCUCUUCUUGCAAUGUGGAAUGGAAGCUCAGGUAGUGAAAUAAUUCUUUCACCUGUUAGCAGUUCAGGGGCCGCAAGCAUGCCUUCCAGCCCAAAACAAGGCAGGAGGAUGAAUAUUCAAGACCACCUAAUCCUUCAUUCAAGACCAGUUAAGCAUAAGGAGGCCAUGACUGAGACUCUGGGUUCAAGAACUAGGAAGUAUUCUGGUGGGUCACUGGGUCAUAUGGGAGUUUAUAGUCGUUCUCUGCCCAGAUUGUACAAAUCGACAGAAAGCCAGCUGAUGCCAUUAAGUUUGCCUCCAAGAAAUUCUCUUGGUAAUUCCAAAAGAAAAAAACACGGAGAAAAAGAUCUACCUCAAAGUGCAUUAGAUGCUGAUAAUUACCUUAAUUUUUCUUCUUGCAGCUCAGGAGUGUCACCAUAUACAAAUUCUGUGUCUGACAGUAAUUCUUAUGUUAAUUCAACUCUUAGUGUUCCUGCAAGCCCCCGAAUAGCUAGGAAAAUGCUUUUAGCAUCUUCUUUCUCCCAUGUUUCUGAUGAUAUUGAUAGAUUUGGACUCUCAGGGACAAGCCCCAGUAAUUCUUUUUCCCCUGUGGAUCUUGACAGAACAUUUUCUGUCAGAAGAAACAUUUCCACUAGUUCCAUGGAGUUUGAUGAAACUGACCUGGAAAGCUUCAGACAGACACCUACCUUACGGGAGAGAAAGAACAGUAUUAGUUCAAUUUCUGGAAGAGAUGACCUAAUGGACUAUCACAGGAGACAAAGGGAAGAGCGGCUUAGAGAGCAGGAGAUGGAACGACUGGAGCGACAGCGGCUGGAGACCAUCCUCAAUUUAUGUGCUGAAUAUUCCAAACCUGAUAGUGAUCCUGCUGCUGCUACCACUGUUGCUGAUGUUCAAAAAAUUAAUAAAGAACUUGAAAAACUUCAGCUGUCAGAUGAAGAUUCUGUAUUUGAAGAUUCUCAAAUGAAUCCAGACGCAAGAUUUAGAAACCACUUGAAAUCGUCAGCAAGUGAUUCUGAUUUCUCAGAGUGUAGUAGUAAUCUCAAUCGAAGUGCUUCCACUUUCCUUUCCUCUAGAGGAAUUAGAGCUGAUGAACACUUCAGUGACAAUAUGAAGACUCCAGCUUUAGCUUCUUCUGCCUUCUUGAAGGGUUCCAAUGAGUCUUCGUACCUAAGUAUCAUACCAAAGACACCAGAAUACACAAGCGAUGAGCAAAGAGGGCAGGAGCUUGGUCGGCUGGAGGAAGAACACAUAACAAUACUAAAUAACUUAGAGGAACUUGAACAGAAGAUCAAAGAGUUAAAUGACCAGAUGGAUGAAUCUUCAAGAGAGCUGGAUAUGGAAUGUGCUCUUUUGGAUGGGGAACAGAAAUCUGAAACAACUGAACUUCUGAAAGAGAAGGAAAUAUUGGAUCAUCUGAACAGGAAAAUAGCUGAGCUGGAGAGAAAUGUUAUUGGUGAAAAGACAAAGGAAAAAAUAAAGCUUGAUGCUGAAAGGGAAAAACUAGAGAGGCUUCAGGAGCUUUACUCCGAACAGAAGACCCAGCUUGAUAAUUGCCCUGAAUCCAUGAGGGAACAGUUACAGCAGCAGCUGAAGAGGGAUGCUGAUCUGUUGGAUGUAGAAAGCAAACACUUCGAAGAUCUGGAGUUUCAGCAACUUGAACAUGAGAGCAGGUUAGAUGAGGAGAAAGAGAACCUGACACAGCAGCUCCUGCAUGAAGUAGCUGAAUAUCAGCGCAGCAUUGUCAGUAGAAAGGAGAAGAUUUCUGCUCUCAAAAAGCAAGCCAAUCAUAUCGUCCAGCAGUCACAGAGGGAACAAGAUCAUUUUGUAAAAGAGAAGAAUAACUUAAUAAUGAUGCUGCAAAGAGAAAAAGAGAAUCUUUGUAAUCUGGAAAAGAAAUACUCUGGACUUUCUGGAGGAAAAGGAUUUCCUGUCAGUCCUAGCAGUCUAAAAGAGGGUUAUAUCAGUGUAAGUGAAAUUAGUGAGCUGUAUGGCAAUUCCACGAAUAGAUCCCCUUCCACUCAGCCCCCCACAGAUGCUGACGCUGUUGCCACUGAGCCUUCCACGGCUGUGCUGGCGAGCCAGCCACAAAAUAAAGAGCACUUUAGAAAUCUGGAAGAAAGAAAGAAACAGCACAAGGAGGGCACAUAUUUGAGUGAUACUCUACCCCGCAAGAAAACCGCUCCCUCUGUAUCGCCACACUUCAGUAGUGCUACUCUCGGACGAAGUGUUACUCCUAAAGGUCAUUUACCACUAGGACAGAGCAACAGCUGUGGCAGUGUACUUCCUCACUGUCUGGCAACCAUAACCAAAGAGUCCGAAUCAAGGAGAAUGCAUAAAGGAGCAAUUAAUCAUUCCAAAGGUACAAGUAUUAAAGGGUAUAAUCAUCAACAUAUAUGUGAAGAACAAAGGCAGAAAUCUCCUGAAUUCUACAGCAGAACUGCAUCUGAAUCUAAUGUGUAUCUGAAUAGUUUCCAUUAUCCUGAUCAUAGCUACAAGGACUAUGCAUUUGAUACACUAAGCUUAGACAGUUCUGACAGUAUGGAGACCAGCAUAUCUGCGUGCUCCCCUGAUAAUAUUUCCAGUGCCAGCACUUCAAAUGUUGCAAGAAUAGAAGAGAUGGAGAGACUUCUGAAACAAGCUCAUGCUGAAAAGACACGACUGCUUGAAUUCAGGGAACGGGAAAUGGAAGCCAAAAAACGAGCCCUGGAAGAAGAAAAGCGUCGCAGAGAGCAACUAGAAAAAAGAUUACAAGAAGAAACUAGCCAGCGGCAAAAAUUAAUUGAAAAGGAAGUCAAGAUACGUGAGAAACAAAGAGCACAGGCCCGCCCCUUGACUCGCUACUUGCCGAUCAGAAAGGAGGACUUCGAUCUACGAGGUCACAUCGAAACAGCUGGUCACAACAUAGAGACCUGUUACCACAUCUCACUCACGGAGAAGACCUGUCGAGGCUUUCUGAUUAAAAUGGGAGGGAAAAUUAAAACAUGGAAAAAACGGUGGUUUGUUUUUGAUAGAAGCAAGAGAACAUUUUCUUAUUAUGCAGACAAGCAUGAAACUAAAUUAAAAGGAGUAAUAUAUUUCCAAGCCAUUGAAGAAGUCUAUUAUGAUCAUCUAAAGAAUGCAUAUAAGAGUCCCAACCCAUUACUCACUUUCAGUGUUAAGACUCAUGACCGAAUAUAUUACAUGGUUGCUCCAACGCCAGAAGCCAUGAGGAUAUGGAUGGAUGUUAUAGUUACAGGAGCAGAAGGAUACACCCACUUCAUGUUAUAAUAAAAUGGUGCAAGAGUUCAUUCACAAGGCAUAUUGCAAUAACCUUGUACAUGAAUUUAGCCAUAUGCAAGUGAAUUUGAAAAGCCAUAUACAAUAUUGAUAACUUUCACAAGUAUUCUUCUCAUGAUGCGCACACAAACUCUCACAAUCAGAUUUUAU